AUGGCCGGCGAGCAAGGUCUGUCUUCGGGCCGAGACGCUGGUGGUCAUUGUUUUGCUAAGGGGGUGGGGGAAAGGUCUUCCCGGCGGAUCGGCAGCCGACGCGGGGCCGGGUGGCUUGUCGUAAAUACGUCUGCUGCGAAAGGCAUUCUAUUUGGCAGCCGGUCGGGGCAGCUGGCGAUGGGAUCUUUUGUGACAAGAGCCCAUGUCUGCGCUUGUACCCGCCUGCAAGAGACACGCAGUUGCCCGCCGGGGCGAAGCUCGCACUCAGCCUGGUCUAAUCCUCCAUCAUGUGGUUCUCGCACCAUCGAUGCAGAAUACUGGCCGAUCCUGAGAACGACGAGAACAAGCACAACAUCAGCCCUUCACCUACAUGCCGUUCGGCGUGGGCCUCCGCUUUGA